CACACCACUCACCUUGCCUUGCGUCCAAACCACCUUGACAACCACACUCUCCCCUCCGAAGUCCACUGUCGAUACGUCCAAGAUGUCCUUCGUCCCUACCCUCGCUCGGCGAGCAGCUUUUGCUCCUACCCUGGCUCGACGAGCUCCCAAACAUGCUGGACAGGAGCAGAAUUUGAGAAAGGCACCAAAACGAGACCCGGAGCUUUAUGUCCUUCUAGGUGUCAUGUGUGGCGCCUUUGGGUUGGCAGGUUUCUACUUUGGCCGCAAGCCUACCUCCGCUACCUCAGAAGCCGAAGUCUCCGUUGCCAACAGUUCGAUGCCGUGGCAGGUCGACCAUGUCGAUGAUGAUGAAUCCAAGCAGUUCAAAUAUCAGUACCACCCCAAAGGAGAUCGGUCACAAGCUCCUAGGAAUGCUCCAAGCGCAUUGAACACAGUUAUUGUCCCUAGUGUUACGUUGCCAAAGGACAUCCACGACAAGCUGAACAAGUGGGGAAAAGAGGGAUAUUAAGCAACUUACAUCUUUCAUGGAUGGGCUGUAGCACCCCACAUUAAAAGAGAAGGUCGCGGCGAGUGGCUAAGAAAGCUGCGCAGAAUUGUACAUAUCUAGGGAAUGGGAGCGAAUCCAUCAUGACCAUCCGCUUCCGUUAAGAUCGCUUGUUUUGUUGACUUUGCUGCCUGGAAGCGUUGCUUCGUCCAUAUCAAGGCGCAUUUCCCAAUAUCCCUUCGCAUCUCUAUUCUCAGUCGCCAUGGAGAGAUGAGAGGAUCUAACAUGACAGAAUGCUGCCAAGCUGACCUCGAGUUCUAGCUCACCCUUCGCUGAGCGCAGAUGUCACCAAUGCAACUACGACAAGCCACAAUCCAGCAACCUACAAAAACGUUGGCAAGCCCUACUGAUACAACUAUGGCCUUUAUUGUACAUUCUUGCAAGAAGGCUCCACUUGUGGGAUCGAAGCCAUCUUACGCUGUCAACACCGGGUGAAGGCCUUUGCCCACCAAAUCAAAGACCUGAGGAGGGUACAAUCGCGUGCUUGGCCUGGACCUGGUAAGCCUCUCGAGUUCGGUCGAGUUGUUGACAGAAGGUUGCGAUGCUGAAUAUAGAGUCCUAAUUGGGCGAGGUAUUGAAUGGAAGUCCAUGAGCAGAAGCUUGACUUGUCCCUUGGGUCUGCCCAGGACCAGGGAUCAUACAAGAUCAACAUCUGAUAGACGUUUUAAUAGAUAUGAG